AUGUCGAUGGCUCGUGGAGCUGUCUCUACAAAUUAUGUAGAAGCUCUCACAAAGAGUCUUUUGUAUUUCGAAGCUCAACGCUCUGGAGUAUUGCCUUCGGGCCAAAGGGUCAAAUGGAGAGGAGAUUCUGCACUUAGAGACGGUUCUGAUGCUCAUGUUGAUCUCACCGGAGGUUACUACGACGCCGGAGACAACAUGAAGUUUGGAUUUCCUCUGGCGUUCAUGACGACAAUGCUAGCUUGGAGCAGUAUAGAGAUGUCAUCGCAGCUUGAUACCCAUAAGGAGCACGACAACGUCCUCGUGGCUCUCAAAUGGGCCACAGACUUUCUCAUCAAAGCCCAUCCCGAGCCAAAUGUCCUCUACGGACAAGUUGGCGAUGGAAACUCCGACCACGCGUGCUGGAUGAGACCCGAAGAUAUGACCACACCACGUCCUUCAUACCGCAUUGAUGCUCAGCAUCCAGGUGCUGACCUGGCUGGCGAAACAGCAGCAGCUAUGGCUGCAGCUUCUUUAGCCUUCGCGCCAUCUAAUGCAUCUUACGCAAAGACACUCAUUGGUCACGCAAAAGAUCUCUUUGAAUUCGCUAAGUCUCACCCUGGGGUUUACCAAAGCUCCAUUCCUAACGCCGGUGAAUUCUACAAGAGCAGCGGAUACGAAGAUGAGCUGUUUUGGGCCGCGGCUUGGCUCCACCGUGCCACCAACGAGCAAGUUUAUCUCGAUUAUUUAACUCAAACAUAUGGUACCGGAGGUCCUAGGACUGUUUUCGGAUGGGAUGAUAAGUUUUUGGGUGCACAAGUCUUGGUUGCCAAGCUUGCACUUGAAGGGAAAGUGAAGAGCGAUGGGAAGAUCGGAGAGUUCAAGAGUAUGGCGGAGCAGUUUAUCUGCAACUGUGCUCAAAAGGGUUCCAACAAUGUCAAGAAGACUCCUGGAGGUUUGCUCUGGUUCUUGCCGUGGAACAACCUCCAAUACACAGCCACCGCCACCUUCGUCCUCUCUGCGUAUUCUAAAUAUCUUGAAGCCGCAAAAGCCUCAAUCCAGUGUCCCAAUGGCGCUCUUCAAGCUUCUGAUCUUCACAGCUUAGCUCGUGCACAAGUAGACUAUAUACUUGGGUCGAACCCCAAGAAUAUGAGCUACAUGGUUGGAGUUGGGACCAAUUAUCCUCAAAGACCACACCAUAGAGGAGCCUCUAUUGUGUCAAUCCACACGAACAACGCUCACGUGGCGUGCUCUGAUGGGUUCAACGCAUGGUUUAACAACCCUGCACCAAACCCUAAUGUUCUAAUUGGAGCAGUCGUGGGAGGACCCGACGAGAACGAUGCUUAUGGAGAUCAAAGGAAUGAUUUCCAGCACAGCGAGCCUGCGCCGGUCACCGUUGCUCCACUUGUUGGUGCUUUGGCCGCCAUGGCUUGA